AUGGCUGCACCAGCCUUGCAAAGGCGGGCGUUUCGCCUCCUCCGGACUCGGAGUCUGCGGGGUACAGCAGUCUGUGGCACGACGACGACAUUCUCGCAGACUCGACGACACAGCUCGACAGCAGAAGCUGCCACAGAACACACUGUUUCUUCACAUACAUACCCACCUGCCGAUUCCUCGCCGCCGUCACAAAAAGCCGCUCUCAAGUCUGCGAAACCGUUCUCCGAGUUCCUUACGGAUACAUUUGACCGCCAGCAUGACUAUCUCCGCAUCAGCAUUACCGAGAAGUGCAACUUGCGUUGUCUGUACUGUAUGCCGGAAGAAGGAGUCCCGCUGUCGCCGCCGGCGCAUAUGUUAACAACCCCGGAAAUUGUAUACCUGGCGUCGCUGUUCGUUUCACAGGGAGUCACCAAAAUCCGGCUGACGGGCGGCGAGCCCACGAUUCGCAAGGAUAUACUUCCCAUGAUGCAGGCGAUUGGUAAUACCCGACGAGAUGGUCUACGGGAGUUGUGUCUGACUACAAAUGGGUUAACGCUGCACCGGAAACUGGACGCCAUGGCCGAGGCGGGACUGACGGGUGUUAACCUCAGCCUAGACACCCUAGACCCAUUCCAGUUCCAGAUCAUGACGCGCCGCAAGGGAUUCGAUGCAGUUAUGAAGAGCAUCACUCGGAUUGAGGAGAUGAACAAGUAUGGGGCUAGCAUCAAGCUCAAAAUCAACUGCGUCGUGAUGCGCGGCCUCAACGAACGCGAGAUCAUCCCGUUUGUAGAGAUGGGCCGUGAAAAGGCGAUAGAAGUGCGGUUUAUUGAAUAUAUGCCAUUUGACGGCAACAAGUGGAGUAAAGGGAAGAUGGUCCCUUAUCAGGAAAUGCUCACCACCAUUCGAGAAAAGUAUCCCACGCUGGAAAAAGUAGACGAUCACAAAAAUGACACGAGCAAGACGUACCGUGUACCUGGCUUUGAGGGAAAAGUCGGGUUCAUCACAAGCAUGACACACAAUUUCUGCGGCACCUGCAAUCGCCUGCGGAUUACAUCAGACGGUAAUCUCAAGGUGUGUCUGCACGGCAAUGCAGAAGUCUCCCUGAGAGACCUCAUCCGGAAAGAAAACAACAAUCUUCCAAUCGACGAACAAGCGAUGCACGCCCUCGACCUACUCGAAUCAGGCCGCCGAGCAGCCCAAAUCCACGACGACGGCGGUGUGGUCAUCAACGAGCGCGAGCGCGAACUGCUCAAUGUUAUUGGCAUGGCAGUCAAACGGAAAAAGGCCAAACACGCAGGCAUCGGACAGUUGGAGAAUAUGAAAAAUCGGCCUAUGAUAUUGAUUGAUAAAUCUUCACAUUUUGUCAGUCCGGUAUCAUCAUCUCGCCCAAGACCGUGGUCUAGUAUUCCACUGCACACCCUCCCUCUCGCCAAUCCCUCAUCGUACCUGCAAUCACGGAAAUACAAAACCAAAUCCACCAGCAACAAACCCCCCGAAGACGAAACCACCAAAAUCAACCACCGAGAUCUGCCACAUCUCAACACAAAAGGCGAAAUGCACAUGACCAACGUCGGCUCCAAACCCAUUACACAGCGGUACGCGCGCGCCACUUGUGUCGUCCAGUUUACCAACGCAAAGACAUAUGCUGCGCUAAAGGGCACGGGAGAAGCAUAUACUCUGGCCAAGGGGGAUGUGUUUGCGGCGGCAAGAAUGGCAGGGAUUAUGGCAGCGAAGAGGACGCCGGAUAUUGUGCCGUUGUGUCAUCCGAGUAUUGGCAUUGAUAGUGUGAGCAUCGAUGUUGUUCUUGUGGGGGGUCAGAAUGAUAGUAGUAGUAUGAAAUAUGGUGCUGUCGAGGUCGUCGCGACGGUUACAAGUGAAGGGCGCACCGGAGUCGAGAUGGAGGCCAUGACUGCGGUGAUGGGGGCUGCAUUGACGGUGUAUGAUAUGUGCAAGGCCAACGACAAGGGGAUUGUCAUCGGGGGAGUGAAACUGCUCGAGAAAAUGGGAGGGAAGAGCGGGUUGUGGAAGAGAGAAGAUAAUAGCAUUCUGUAA